UUUGCAACCAAACCUUCUCUUCUUCUAAACCUAACACGAGAACAUACUCUCUCUCUCUCUCUCUCUCUUUCUUUCUCAGAAGUUGGCAAAUCAAAUGAGUUUGUAGUUUCCGGUUCAAGAAGCCGAAUUGAUAUACAUACAACAAUCAAUUUCAAGAAUCAUUAAUUAUUUCAUCAUCUUAUCAAGAAAAUGACUGUGGAAAAGUUUACAUGGACAUCCAUGUUUGCGAGUUGUUUCAAGUUAGAUGCAGAGAAACCAUCGUCUAAACCAAAGAAAGAGGUUACUAAACAAACUUCGUUUCACAGAGUUUCAGUGUCUGAUUUGAGCAAUCCUAGUUUACUAUCAGAAGAUCUUUCCGUUUCUCUUGCUGGCUCAAACCUUCAUGUCUUUACGCUGGCUGAGUUGAAGGUUAUAACUCAGAAUUUUUCGUCAAGCAACUUUAUUGGCGAAGGAGGGUUCGGUCCUGUGCAUAAAGGGUUCAUUGAUGAUAAGCUUAGACCUGGCUUGAAGGCUCAACCUGUAGCAGUUAAGCUUUUGGAUUUGGAUGGCUUACAGGGUCAUAGGGAGUGGCUGACGGAAGUGAUCUUCCUAGGGCAAUUGAGACAUCCACAUCUGGUGAAGCUGAUCGGGUAUUGUUGUGAAGAGGAACAUAGGCUUCUUGUUUAUGAAUAUAUGCCACGUGGCAGUUUAGAGAACCAGUUAUUUAGAAGAUACUCUGUAUCCCUACCAUGGUCAACAAGAAUAAAAAUUGCUCUCGGAGCUGCAAAAGGACUUGCUUUCCUUCAUGAAUCAGAAAAGCCUGUUAUAUACAGAGACUUCAAAGCCUCAAACAUCUUGUUAGACUCGGACUAUACACCUAAACUUUCCGAUUUUGGACUAGCAAAGGAUGGUCCUGAAGGAUCUGACACGCAUGUUUCCACUAGAGUUAUGGGAACUCAAGGCUAUGCUGCUCCUGAAUAUAUCAUGACAGGUCACUUGACAUCAAUGAGCGAUGUGUAUAGUUUCGGAGUAGUACUUGUGGAGCUUCUUACAGGAAGAAGGUCAGUGGACAAGUCCCGUCCACAAAGAGAACAAAAGCUAAUAGAAUGGGCAAGACCUAUGUUAAAUGAUUCACGGAAACUUGGCCGGAUUAUGGACCCGAGACUCGAAGGGAUGUAUUCGGAAGCUGGGGCUCAGCAAGCAGCUGCAUUGGCUUAUCAAUGCCUGAGUCACAGGCCAAAGCACAGACCAACUAUGAGUACUGUUAUCAAAAUUCUAGAGCCUCUUAUGGAAUCGAAGGAUAUUCCUGUUGGAACUUUUGUAUACACAGUUCCAACAGAAAGUGAUAAUAGUACUAAAGAAGAUGUUAAAGAAUCAUGUGACGAGCCUAAAAAAGAUUUGAAGAAAGAAAAUGGUCAGCAUCACCAAAAACAUCCACUCCACCAUGGCCACAGACAUCAUCGCCACCAUCACCACGACCAUAAAUCAGGAGCAAGAUCCCCAACUGUUCACUCGGAAACCGUUCUACGUCACAAUCAAAGAAAUGGGAUGCAAUCACCAUUGCGCCCAAGUGCUAAGGGCAGUAUAGAUAAUUUCAUUAGCCAAAAUGUAAUUAAAGUUAAUUAAUUAAUUAAGUUAUAAUGUAAAUACAAUUUGAACAAUUGCACACUGUAACAAUAUUAGUUAGGCAUAAGUGUAAGAAUUAGUAUGAGAGAGGUCUUGUUUUACUUGAAUUGAUUUUUUCUUUUUUCUGCUUUUAAUAUACUUCUGCUUCUCAACUUGGUCAUA